AUGCAGCCUGAGGAGGAUCCAAGAAAUAUCCGAAUCAACACCGAAGUAUUAGGAACGAAUAGCACCGAGAAUCCAACCCACGGAAAUCCCACUCCUAUCAGGGCGCAAAAGACCAACGGCCCAAGGCAGGUACAGGAAAAUCCACACCUCAGCAGGGGACUAAACCACAGAGCCAUACAAAAACAACAGCCUUAA